AAAAAAAAUCUGCUUCGGCACGGUCAGCACCACAAAACUAACCGGCGAAGAACCGAUAAGGCAAAUUCCUUCGCUCUUCCUCCGAAAUCCUAGCAACGCAGAAAAAAUAAAGAGAAUGCUCCUGCUGCCACCACCACUCCCCGCUCGCUUCCCCUCUAUUCAACUAUCUUCUCCAAUCACACGCCUCCACGUCAGUCUCCAAACAUCCAUCCACACGGCUGCCGCCGCGACAGCCGCGGAAGCCUCCAUCAGCCUCUCAAUCGAUAAAGAUAAAGAUAGAAACAGGUAUGGCGAUGAAGAUGAUGACCAAAGCGAUGUUCUUUCUCUCCACAAGCGCCGUUACGACUUCACUCCACUGCUCAACUACCUCUCCAGGUCCAACUCGGAGUCUGACUCGGACUCCGACUCAGCCUCACCCACUUCACUCGACCCUAUCGAGUUCCAGCUGGCCGAGUCAUACCGCGCGGUACCUGCUUCUCUCUGGCACUCUCUAUUGAAAUCUCUAUGUUCCUCUUCUUCCUCCUCCUCCUCCUCUUCUAUCAACUUGGCGUACGCCGUCGUUUCAUGGCUUCAAAGACACAACCUUUGUUUCUCCUACGAGCUUCUCUACUCGAUUCUAAUCCACGCGCUUGGCCGCUCCGAGAAGCUGUAUGAAGCGUUUUUACUCUCACAGAGGCAGACCCUUACUCCCUUAACAUACAACGCCUUAAUCAACGCCUGCGCACGCAACAACGAUCACGAGAAGGCUCUUAAUCUGAUGUCAAGAAUGCGUCAAGAUGGUUACCAAUCGGAUUUCGUGAAUUACAGCUUGAUAAUUCAAUCUCUCACAAGAAGCAACAAGAUUGAUUCAUCUCUUUUGCAGAAGCUUUAUGGAGAAAUUGAGUGUGAUAAAAUUGAGGUCGAUGGUCAGCUUUUGAAUGAUAUAAUCGUUGGUUUCGCUAAAGCGAAUGACCCAAGCCGAGCUAUAAAGUUUUUAGCUAUGGCGCAGGCAAUUGGGUUGAACCCGAAAACGGCUACUCUUGUGGCGGUUAUAUAUUCGUUAGGCUGUUGUGGGAGGAUUGCGGAGGCUGAAGCUGUUUUCGAGGAAAUGAAAGGAACUGGAUUGAAGCCGAGAACCAGAGCUUAUAAUGCGCUUCUCAAAGGGUAUGUGAAAGCGGGUUCUUUGAAAGAUGCAGAGUUAGUUGUAUCCGAGAUGGAGAGAAGUGGGGUUUCACCUGAUGAGCAUACUUAUAGUCUUUUAAUUGAUGCUUAUGCGAAUGCCGGCAGAUGGGAGAGUGCAAGAAUUGUUCUGAAAGAGAUGGAAGCGAAUAAUGUGCAGCCGAAUUCUUUUGUUUAUAGUAGGAUUUUAGCUAGUUAUCGAAACAAAGGAGAAUGGCAAAGAUCGUUUCAGGUUCUGAGGGAAAUGAAGAGUAAUGGGAUACAACCUGAUAGGCAUUUUUAUAAUGUGAUGAUUGAUACUUUUGGGAAGUAUGACUGUCUUGAUCAUGCAAUGGAUACGUUUGACCGAAUGUUAUCAGAGGGGAUCAAACCGGAUACUGUUACUUGGAAUACGCUUAUAGAUUGCCAUUGUAAAGCAGGGCGGCAUGGCAGAGCAGAGGAAUUGUUUGAGGAAAUGAAGGAAAGAGGGUAUUCACCAUGUACUACUACGUAUAAUAUUAUGAUAAAUUCAUUUGGAGAACAGGAGAGAUGGGACAAUGUGAAGAGCUUGUUGGGGAAGAUGCAGAGUCAGGGUUUGUUGCCUAAUAUUGUGACGUACACCACACUUGUAGAUAUAUAUGGAAAGUCUGGGAGGUUUAGUGAUGCAAUAGAGUGCUUGGAACUCAUGAAGUCUGCCGGGUUAAAACCUUCCUCAACCAUGUAUAAUGCCUUAAUAAAUGCCUAUGCACAAAGGGGUUUAUCUGAGCAAGCAAUAAAUGCAUUAAGGAUUAUGAGAGCUGAUGGCCUAAAGCCUAAUCUAUUGGCUCUCAAUUCACUAAUAAAUGCUUUUGGUGAGGAUAGAAGGGAUGUUGAGGCCUUUGCUGUAUUACAAUAUAUGAAGGAAAAUGAUGUGAAACCAGAUGUAGUCACCUAUACCACACUCAUGAAAUCUCUUAUACGUGUUGACAAGUUUCAUAAGGUCCCAGCUGUCUAUGAAGAGAUGAUUUUGUCUGGCUGCACUCCUGAUAGGAAAGCUAGGGCAAUGUUGCGGUCUGCUCUGAGAUACAUGAAGCAGACAGUGAAGUCAUAGAUGACAAUCAAUUGUCCAUAUAACUAAAGCAAUUGAUGACGGAACCAACCGAUGUUUGAGUUAUCAAUUUGAGGGACCUCAGUUCAUGCUGCCAAGCAGGGUCAUCCUCGUGUGACUCUUACGAGUGAUUGAACUCCAGGAGCCGUAUUCCAAAGCUUGGAAUGAGGAAACUUGUCAUGUCAGGACUAUCAUACGUUAGACAUGAUGAAGGCCAUCCCUCUCUUCUUUUCAUUUAGGAUAGAAACAAUUUUUUUUCACCAUUACAAAUAGAAACUGAUUCGUUGCCUGUAUCUUGUAUUAUAUUUCAAAACAAUAACCAUUCUAUAUAGAAACCAAUAUCCAGCAAAGCAGUGAUGAAU